UUGUGUAAAACAUCUUCGUAUCUAAUGCUCGUAUUUUUCCUUGCAGACACUUGAACAACAGUGAGAAAAGGCCAAAAUGGAAGACAAACGAGUAGCGGAUUAUUUUGUAGUGGCCGGAAUGGGAGCCGAACCAAAACUUCUGAAGGAAAACAUAUUCAACGACUCUUCGCAUCUACGCUCAGCUAAUACGAUCGAUCCCAUCACGGAUAUUGGGGUUUACUUUCCGUCGCUCGGAGAGCAGAUUCCCGCUGACUAUGAAGUCCUCGAAAAUACUCCGACGGGAUUGCUUGCCGAUCUGAAUUUUGGUUCCGUCCGAACCACCGCUUGCUUUAUUUACUAUCGCCGCGGGAAGGACAAACCUCCGCUUGUUGAUAUUGGCGUCAUGUACGAAGGGGCUGAGCGCAUUAUGCCCGAUGCGGAAAUUGUCCUUAGCACACCAGGCGAUCGGUUGGCGAACGUGAACAAUUCUUCGGCCAAAACUUUCCUUACCUUCAGACGAGCUCCUAACGAUAUGCCUUGCAAUGAACUCGUCGUAACGGAUCUGUGCGUCGUUGUGCCGUCGAAAGGGGAAAAGCCUCCUCACGCAUUUUGCAUGAUCCACAAGACCCUGAACAAAGGACUCAUGGGUAGUGAUGUGUAUCUGUGCUACAAGAAAUCUAUGAACCGGCCCAAAUUAAUCAGUUAUGAACCCGAGAUCCUGCACCGUUAUCCCGCUGUGGAUCACAAUGACUUUCCACUCACCCUUUGCCCCAGUGUUCCGUUAUUUUGUUUACCUAUGGGAACCACCCUCGAAACAUGGCCACAUGUGCCUGGCGGAGAUGGCAAGAUGAAGCGGAAACCAACCCAACCGAUAUUUAGCACGUUCGUACUUACCGUAAAUGACGGAACAUAUAAGGUGUACGGUUCAGCUCUAACAUUCUAUGAAGAUUGCGAUGACACCACGUUGAACCAGCAACAAAAAGAUCUACUUGAUUGGGACGCCGAAUCACCAAAAACCCAUUCGCUGCACGUCAAUAAGUCUAUAUGUAUUUUGUCGCGAUGGCCUUUCGGAGACACAUUUGAGAAAUGGCUCCAAUUUUUGCAUCAACUUUCGGUGUGCAAUGAAAAGCUACCGGUUCCUAUCGAGCGCUACAUCACUCAUUUGCUCGACGAAGUACCUUUUCCGUCCCCGAGUAUUCUCCUGCAAUUAUCCACACUGAGCAAUAACCGCAUUCUACUAACGCUUCCCGAGGACUCCCCACUUCCAAGAAGUGGUGCAGGAUUUCGGCAGCUGCUGUCUAAUCUAGGACCAGAGAAUUGUUUGCACGUGUUGUUGCUAGUCUUGACAGAGCAAAAGCUGCUGAUUCAUUCAUUAAGACCCGCCAUCCUGACGGCGGUCGCCGAAGCAGUGUCCUCUUUUUUGUUUCCUUUUAAAUGGCAAUGUCCGUACAUACCGCUGUGCCCAUUGGGAUUGGCGGAAGUGUUACACGCUCCGCUGCCCUAUCUUAUUGGAGUAGAUUCCCGGUUUUUCGAUCUGUACGAACCGCCAAAUGACGUGACAUGUGUUGAUUUGGAUACAAACAACAUAAGCUUGUGUGAAUCACAGAAACAUCUUACCACAAAACUGCUCCCAAAACGUGCCGCUCGCACUCUGCGUCAGUGUUUGCGUAAUCUCGAAGAGUUGAGCCAAACUCAUGGAGCCGAUUCGCACAAUAGCUUGGAUCGCGAUUUGAAAAAGAAAAAGCGCGAACAAAACCUAGAACAACGCAUACAAGAAGCGUUUCUUCAGUUUAUGGCAUCCAUCCUGAAAGGAUAUCGUGAUUAUCUAGUGCCGAUUUCGAAAGCACCCACGAUUGGAGCAACUGACCCGAAUGCGUUAUUCCGCAUGGAAGCGUUUCUACGAUCGCGAGAUAAAGCACACCACAAGUUUUUCCAACUGCUCAUGAAAACUCAAAUGUUUAUUCGGUUUAUCGAAGAGCGUUCCUUCGUCUCGGACGGUGAUCAUAAUCUUGCGUUUUUCGAUGAGUGCGCUGAAAAAGUGAAUGCGUACGAGGACACUCCAACCGAGAUCAAAUUGAUUGAAUGGGAUGCUGGGCAAAGCAGCGAGAGAACGAAAUUUAUUCUGCCACCCGAAUGUCUACCAGAAUUGAUGCCAGAUCAAAGUUGUCAGUACACCUCCUUCAUUUUAAACCCUAUGCUACUAAAGGAAUCCAGACGAAGCAUGCUAAACAACGUACUGCAGCAGCAGCAGCAACAGGGUGCUUUGGCUCCAGGAUCACCCAUGGCGCGGCGGACAAAGCACGAAAUUAAAACUGCCCAAAAACUGGCUCGCAAGCAUCAGGCAAAUCCAGAAUCAUGGGCAAAACAUCUUCUGGCCACCUGCUACUCCAUAUAUUUCAUUGUUCUCCCUAGCCUUAUUUCGGAGAACGCAGGACGAGAACAGGCUGUUCUGAAAGCGGCCUAUGAUUUACUCAGCAAAGCCUGCAAGCUCAAAGUGCAAUGUGAUGAGGUGUGCUACCGCAUUAUGAUGCAGCUAUGCGGUAUGCAUAAUAUGCCCGUAUUGGCGGUGCGUUUACACUACUUAAUGAAGCGAUCCGGUAUUCAGCCGAACGCACUAACGUACGGUGUUUAUAAUCGCUGCGUUUUGGAAGCACAAUGGCCAUCAGAGGCGAUUCUGUCGUCACAGAUGCGAUGGAGUCGUCUUCGCAACAUUGUUCUUGGGGCAGCACAUUUUAAAAGAGCGGGGAAAAAAUUUGCAGAUCGACGGCGCCGCUCUUUGUCGCAGGAGAACAAUUUAGGAGGUACUCUGGAAUCGGUUAAUGGUACCUCUCGCACGAGUCUCGACUCCGGCUACUCGCAAGCGGAAAAUCAACCCAGUACGACUAUGGACUUCGCCGCCUUCGACAAGCUUCGUGGGCGUCGUGGCACUAUUGUUCGCCAGACAAGUACAGGAAACCACAAAGAGCGCUCGUCUGAUGUGCUGUCCAGUGCUGGGCUUUUAAUCAGUGGUGAUGGGCCGCAUCAUCAUCUUCAACGCAGCAGAGGGCCGAAAGCUAAUUUCCAAUCCACCGCAUCAAACAAUACGUGUGAUUUAAGUGCGCGAGUGUUGACAAGAGCAGAUAGCUUUGGUGGAGAUUCAAAGUUUAUUGACAAAUUGCAGAAACAAAACUUAUAUCCGACUUCAGCUAUCGGUACCACUGUAAGUGGGGAUGAUAUCAAAGCCAAGCGUGCCCUUAAUUUCCAAGAGACUGAAACUAGCUCUCAAGAAGAGCUGGAUGAUGCGAAGGGGAAUAUUACUAAAGGAAGUCCAACGAAGAUAUCUCCUCGCACUUUAGUAACUCAAGACGACCCGUUAGGAGCGUUGAAUGAUAGUGACGAGCACGGCGUCAUUCAAGAAGGGCACUCAGAAUCCGCUGAGUCAAAGGACGCUUCUCAACAAAGCAAUACUCAACAAGCCAAUAGUAACAAUAACACUAUUUAUACCGAUCAACCGAUCCUAUUCAAGGGACAGAGGUCAGCUACUUUUGACGAUUCCGUACAGCUGAAUAAAAGUAUUCAACGUUCGGAAACGAUGCCGGCGACGAACGCGGUAGCUUCUAGCUUUGUAAGCCUUGGAUCCACUUUGAAGUUCAACUUUGGCCGUUACUCACCUGCACGUAUGUCAAUGAAAAAAGAUUUAAAGUCAUUGUCAACCAACAUGAUAGAAAAUAUUUCCAGUAUAAGCCCCAACUUUAGUGGCAAAAAAUCAAAUGAAAUUAUUCAAGGUGGUUUGAGUAGCAUUAAAAGUGCGGCCAGCUCAGUAGCCAAGAAGUUAGACGAAAUUAAAGAAGCCAUAUCUGCAAAUACAACGCCGGUCAAAACAACAGGACCAAACAGUGGAGGAACGCAAAUAGAACGUGAUGGCCACGGGUCUGAGAACGACUUGCUACACCAUGACGAAAUGGGCAGUGGAUCAGUGAAUGGUGUUCGUUCGAGGCGAGUUUCAAGUGAAUUCGAUCUAUGGGGUAGAUUUAGCGAAUCGCGCAAAUCUAGCUACAGUAAUCUUGUUCCUUUGGGAGAGAACACCACUUCUAACAGCAGUUUGAACGCAUAUCCAACGCUACCAGAUAACAUUUACCCAUUGAUUCCAGAGACAUCUGAUGCCAACGAAACUGAUUACGUGAUCCAGAUAAUGUCUUGCUCUCAAUGUCAUAACUGUUCGGUAUUGCUCUACGACGAAGAUGUAAUGGCUGGUUGGUCAGCCGAAGAUUCCAAUCUUAAUACCACAUGUCACGCGUGUAACAAAGUUACAGUGCCAUUCCUGAAUGUUCUCAUUCUAACCGAUGAUAAAACGACACAAAAAUUGAAUUCCCAGCAGUUAUCGCAGGAUGUUAUAAGUGUGCCAUACUUGAAUCCUCUUGUGCUGCGAAAAGAACUAGAAAAUGUUCUAAGUCAAGAAGGCGAUCUUACCCUCACGAAGGCAGUUUUUGUCGAGGAGCAUCCCAUAAUCUAUUGGAAUUUAGUAUGGUACAUGGAACGGAUAGAUGUUUCUACCCAUUUACCUAGUCUUGUGGUACCCAAACAGGAGGACGAAAAGGUAGACCCUUUAAGCAUUGUGAGAACCGUUACCGUGCACUGCUUAUGGGAUAAUCCGCGCCUACAUUCAGAGGCUGGUCCAGCAAUGUAUAUGCUAUGGCGGCAGAAUCAACCAGAUAGUACUUUACUGAAAGCAUUACUAACUGACCAAACGUCAAUCAACAGAACUGUGAUGCAGCAAGUAAUUGCGUCCAUUCGUUGCAAUGAUUUACUAACCCCCGUCAAGCGGCUAGCGAAUGAGAGACAAAAGCUGAAACAUAGAGGCAUUGAUCGAACACACUCGAUCUAUCGCGACAUGCUGUUCCUUGCAUUCAUCGAGAUUGGGCGCGCCGAUAUCGAUCUCAUUUCGUUUCAUCGUGAAUAUGCUGCAGUGUUUGAUAAGCUCGAACUAGAUAAAUUGGACUCGUACUAUCGUACUCAAGAUCUCCCGCCGUCGUUAACGGCCAUUUUUUGCAGGGCAUAUUUUAAGCCACUUCUUUUGCCUUGACGCUACUUGUUCGCCAAGGAAGAACGGCAGGUAACUUUACCGAAAUCAUACAUGCAGAAUGUGAGGAUGGAAUUAACACAUUUGUAAACAUGUAUAUCAAAUGUUUCGUCCUUUGAGCGGUCCUUUAUCAAAAAAGAUUAUGAUUGAAAUCAAUUGUCGAAGUUCAGUUGUGUAAAGCAAAUAACAAUAUUUUGCAUAUUACCUACAAAGCAUACACAUUUCAUAUUUUCCUACUUCUUGUUUCUUUUGCAAUCCUUGUCAGCUUGUUUCACUGAUUUAAUGUUAAUUCAAAGUACUAAGUGAUAAUUUUAAAACUAGACAUUCAGAGAACAGUCGCUAUGUUCCAAUUGACGAUGACAGUAAUAGAUAAAAUUUUAUUGCAAGUUGCAGAUAAUAACACGCUUAUUUUAAGGAAACCUUCUAUCAAAUGGUUUACACGUCAAUAUUCUACAUCGCUGGGAUAAAUCGGGUGGGAAUAUUGGUCGCAAAAAGGAACAAAUAAAGUACUGGAAUGUACAGCUAUUGUAGCUUGUGCAA